UUUCAGAUAAUCCAUUCCACAAGAAAAUCCGAUGACUUUGACGCAAGCUAUCUCAUAAGAAGAUUCAUCGAUCACCAGUACCUAUACCGGAUUUGCAUCCAACGAAUGACUGUGUCCUUAUUUUCAGCUCCACCCAUCCCAUUUUUCCUACCCAUGCCCCUGUUCCUGUCACUAUCCCUCCCUCUCCUCUCCUUCGCCGCUCUCUCCAUCCACCUAGUUCUAUCUGAGACUGCCUCUUUCCUCCUGCAGAGCGGCCCCGCCUCUGGUCACCUGGUGACCUCCUCACUCACACCCUCUCUCCUGACCUGCUCUGUCGCUUGCUCUACCUCGAUGCCUUCACGCUGCAUUGAGUUCGCCUACUUGGAUAACGGCACGUGUCUUCUGUUCGGGUGCCCCGGGGCAGAGGGGUCGCCCGGAGCGGGAGAGAGUGGUGUGUACAUGAGGAGAGAGAGAGAGGUGGAGUCGUGCCCAGAAUAUUCCUCAACCGAGAUGGCAGUUGGAUCUUCAACAGUCGUCUUAACAACUCUGCCACCGACUUCCUCAACGCCUGUGGGAUCUCAGCAAACGGAAUCCACACUGGAGCCCGCUUCAACCGGUGCUGAAGGAGUUAUCGCAGAAAUCUCCACAGCCUCAACUACGGAAGCAACUUCUCCAGCUGCUGACGCAGAGUCUUCAACUGCUGGCAGUAAUGCCCAAGCAGCUGACUCUAUUACUUCGACAACUACAACUACUGACACCGUAUCUACUUCUGCUGCAACUGUUUCUUCAACUAAUGGCAUAGCUUCUGUAACAACUGACAUCUCGACAGCUACUGCUAUUUCAACUACCGACACCAUUUCUUCAACUACUGUCACUGCCGCUUCAACUACUGGCACGGAAACUCCUGCUACCGGUUAUUCUGAUCAGACUACCGAAUUACCCACGGACAUGACCCCUGAACUGACCGCCACCGCUGACACUGACGCCAUCACCGACUCCAGUGUGACAACGGCUCCAAAUACUGAACUAUCUUCCACUUCAAACACGGAAGUAACAGCUGCGCAAACAACCGAUGUAUUCACUACUCCAACUGGAUCAGAAACGACCACUGCAGUCACUGAAACGACAACGUUUUCUACGGAAAUAACCACAGAAGUAACUACUAACGGGCUCACUGAUGGAGCUUUUCUGACUACUGAGUUUAUCAGUGACUCGACCACUGAGAGUACCAGUGAUACGACUACUGAGAUUACUAGCGGUUCAGCUUUAGAAAUGACUAGUGAUCCGAAUACUGAUGCAACUAGUGAUCCAGCCACUGAGAUCACUAGUGAUGCGACCUCCGAGAUAAAUAGUGAAACGACUACUGGAGGAACAACUAGUGAUCCAACUGCUGAUGUUACUAGUGAUCCGACUUCUGAUGUUACUAGUGAUCCAACUACUGAGGCUACUAGUGAUCCAACUCCUGAGGUUAAUAGUGAUCCGACUACUGGGGCUUCUAGCGAUCCAACCACAGACGGAACGGUAUCUCCAGCUUCUGAAACGGCAUCUCCUGGCGCUGACCUGACGACGGCUCCGACUGCAGCGGACAGCACAGCCCACAGCGUGCUAACGGCCGUCCCAACGACAACGAUAAGCAAGUCAUCAACUGAAGUCACUGGUACCCCUACUGAAACCACCAGUGCAGAGGAUGAAACUACCAUCACAGCAACUGAAACUACUGCUCCAACGACGGAAACUACUACUCCAACAACUGAGGGAACUCCUUCAGCAACUGAAGCUACUGCUCCAACUGUUCCAACAGCUGAUACAACCACAACAGCCUCUUCGUCUGUCACAACCGCGGGAACUACGAUUACAACGCAUGGAGCUAAUGUCACAACUGAUGAAGCCACCGUUUCUAAUACAGGACCAGCUCCCUGAACUAAUAAGGUGGCAUGUACGAUGCCAAACUCAAUGAGUGAUUCAUUCUGCAACAAAAUCGUUUAUGUUCAUUUUUAUUUACGUCAUACCUGUUUUGCGGUGCCACGCAAAAUGGCGUCACUUGUGUAUGAAAGGUAUUGAUCCGUCUUUCUCGUUCCUUCCGUUGUCGGUAUGUGCCGUUUUUUCAUUCGAUUGUUUAUUUGGGAUCUAGGUACUGGUUUCUAGUUACACACAGAAAAUACAUUUUAAGCACAGCACCAGAGGUGAAAAAAGCCUGCUACUCGCCUGCGUGCGUAGGAGACAGCCAUAGGAAUAAACAGACAGAUUCGAGCAUCUCAGUUGAUGCAUCUCAGUAGAUAACUAGGCCGUUUCCACUACAAUCAGAGCUGUCUUCCCAUAGAAGACCACUAUGGACCACGGCACAAAAAUUUAACAGCGUCAUCUCUUUGUAGACAGCUGGGGCUGAAAAAUCCCGCCGGUGCGACAGCCGGUGCGUUGUGAAGCGCCAUAGACAACGCAGGAAAAACGGCGACAGCGCGACAGCUCGUCCCCGCUCGUCGCCGGUUGAGCGGAGGCGGGGACCGGCGCGGCCUUGGCCGCCGACGGAGUAGGGAGGGACCGGGCGAUGGGACGGGGGACGUCACAUCUGGGCCACAACUGAGGCGAGGUCCAUGACCAUCGGUCCCAGAAACUUGGUAGGAGCGUUGAUAAUUGGUCUUGACUACUGAAGCAAAGAUAAGUGAAGCAGUGACAACUGACAAUCCUUUCGUGAGUUCUGAUUGAACUGGAUUAGGAAGCCAGGACGAGCUAGGAAGUCGAUCAGACCUAUAGGUAAGUUUAAUGAUAGUGAUUUAUUUUUUGUUGUGUGACUACUGAAAUGUGGUGUUGCGUUGUAAUGCCCAGAGGCUGAAAUUUGAAAGAUCAGUUUAUUUCUAACAUUCUAGCCUCAUUUUCAAAUGUACUUUUUAGGCCUCAAAGGUGAUGAGAAAACGGCAAAAAAAAAUGGUACCUACUGUUUCAAGAUGACUUGUGAAAAAUUGGCGACAGCUAGACAUCGCGUAGGUGACAGCUUUUGCUAGUUUUAUUCACCUCUGCACAGCACAUCAUAUAUGACAUAGCCAUCUGCAAAAAAGAAGAAUAUCAGACUCGGACAAUGUUUGAAAUCUGACAGCAAAGGCGGAUCCAGAAAUGUAGUCUUGGACGCUGCAGGUGAGGGCAUAACCAAUAAAAACUCCAACUUUCCAGAUGGCAAGAUCUCUGAUUUCGCUACAUUAUGCAUUUCUGUGCGAUUAGAAAAAAAAACAUGUGUAGCUUUGGUGUAUUAUUCGGAUGCGAACAAUAUAAUAAACAUAAUUGUGAAUAAAUGCGUGAAGACUCA